UUUUCCCUGUUCGGUAAGAGGGUGUGGCUUCAAUAACUGACAUGAUAUUGGCUGAACUUUGCCUGUGCUCUAGGGUGCUCAAAAGACCGAGAGCGGGAGACACAAGACAACAAACUUGUGUCUUGUUUGCGGUAUACUAAUUAAGAGACUCUCAGUUGCUGCACCUGACGAUUCCCAGGAUGUGUUGACCCAGGAGGAGGGAGACCAGAUAGUGUGCCAAUCUCACCAGCUUCCUGCUGCAGAAUUCUCACCGUCUACACAGGAAGACACCACAUUCGAAGGAACCAUGGAAAGCACACCCAGAAAAUGGGUGCUUCAGCCCAUGUCACCCAAACUGGAGCUGGCAGUAGACCUUCGCACCAUGCUCAGCCCCACCACCGAUGAGCCCUUUAGUCUGGACCAGAGCUGGAUCUACAACCGGAAUGGCAACUCUUCGCCUUUCAGUUUUGACAGCAUCUCCGUGACCCGCACCCAGUCCACAGUUAUCGUAUCCACCCAGCAGAAGGUGUCCCGGGAUGUGGUGGUGCAGGCCAGGCAGGUGGCGGUGUCAGAGGAAGAUUGCGGCAACACCAGUGAAGACUGGCAACCCAGUAGCCCUAGCAGUGCAGGGAGCACGGGCUCCCAACGUGGCUUCUACUCCUUUGUGGAUGAUCCGGUGAGCCCCGAGGCGGAGAUGAACGAAGCCUGGAUGGUGUCCCCAGAGAGACAAGCCAAGUUGGCGACCCUGAAAGAGGAAAGCAGUUUCAAACUGCAGACAUACACCGGUGGGAAGAAGCCAGGGAGUCUGUUCGAGGACGACGAGGACUCCCGCUACCAGGUGAACACCAACGGUGCCCAAUUCAAGGCGGAGGAGGAGCAGCUUAGGCAGGAGAUCAUCCACAGUCAAGCCCCCAAAAAGAUUGCCACAUUCAGGGAGCAGUGGAGUGCACUUGAAACCCUGGAUCUCAGCAAGUCACCCAACAAGUUGCUCGAAGGGUUCAGCUUGUGCUACGGGCCAAGCAGCACCAAAUCUGAGUCCACACCAGCAGCUGAGCCAUGCACCAUCGACAAUGAACAGAUCAACUUCAGAGCAGCACGGGAGCAGUUCCUAAAGAUGGAACAGUCGAGGCUCAACCCAUUCCUGCAGAGUCCCAGCUCGCUAAAACCACAAAGAAUGUGGCAGUCAGAAGACAGCUUGCUGUCACCAAGGAGUGAGAAAAAAGACUAUCACUCUGCGGAAUGGUUUAACCAAAGUCUGACCCCAGUGAAACGUCAGGACAAAGGGGAAAAUUUCGCUGGCAGAAAGGUGUACCGCACAGCGGAGAGGGUAACCAAGAGGCAGAGUAGCCUGUUUGAUGACCUUGACUCUGGACUGGAGGAUCUAUCGGGUGACACAAGUGUUGGCUACACAAGUGACGGAAGCAUGUCCAAUGACAACCCUCAGCCAGAAAGCAAGGGCACCCAAUUGGCAAGUGGUUACAGAGAGACUCCCAUAGAGAGGGAGAUUCGUAUCGCUCAGGAGAGAGAAGAGAGUCUUCGGCGAUUGCGGGGCAUCAAGCACAACGACGUCCAAGAGAUGGUGGAGGUCAAGUCUCUGCUCUCCCAGCCUACACCACCACUGAUGCCUGUCAAGGCAAAUAAGAAGAACCGGGUGAGCUUUUUCAUCCAGCGCGAGAUCAAAAAGGACAGCCAGAGGGAAGAAGACUUGCUGCACCAGGGGAGAGUCCCAGGUCUGUAUGACCGUGGAACUCCUCAAGAAAUGGAGGAUCGGAGAAAGUUCUUUGAGCUUAGAGACCAAUCUGGAGCCGAGGUCGAGACGAUGAAAAGGACUUGGUCAUCACCCAGGGUCAUUGUGAGGAGUAGCAGCUCAGAUACGGAAGGCUACCCUUCCCCUUGCUGCCCUCACCGGCACUCCGAAGAGACAGAGUUGUACAUCGGCAGCAUGAGCGCCACUCCAAGCAUCAAUACCACCAGCGAAGGCUGGAGUUCAGAGUCCCAAGACCUCAAUAGAGUACUGCCAAGCAGCUUCCCAGAGGAGAGCGUCAUGUUGAAAGGGAAUGAGACCAGUAAGGCAGAAAGCGCUCAAGUCACAGUGGUGGUGAAGACCAGUACUAGUGAAAUGGUAAAUUACCCAUCGUGGUUCGUGGAAAGAAAGAAGCCAGUUCCAGCCAGAGGCUCCUCGGCUAAAGAAGCAUCCUCUUUGUCAUCCUCUCCCUCCUCACCUACACCCACUGCGUUUGCAGUGCAGGUGUCUGACCCGAGUGAUAAGCCUGUUCCAACCUGGAGGGCGCACCUGGAUUCUGGCGGCCUGCGACAUCGAAGACCAAACACUCCAGAUAUUAUCCAGAAGGAGAUUGAGCAGGAUCUGAAACGUGAGCAGGAGCUCCGGGAACUGCGGGAAUCCAGUGGCCUGUCCGCCUCUAUGGAAGGAAACUUGGACUAUAUAGAACGAGACGCUAAAGACGCAUGUCAAUCGCAAAGCCUGCGAAGAGUCUUUGUGGAACAGGAAGAGUCUGUCUUCUCUGAGAGCCCUUCACUUCCGGUAGAGCAGACGAGCUUGGCCAGAUGGUCCUACUCAUCUAUCACUCCAGUAUCAAUGCUAGUGGACAGUGCAUCUCGCUUUUCCACCUCCAUUCGUCCCACUGCCCGUCUUCCCUCCUUUUCCAUAGUCACUGCCCAGCCAUGGGGCUCCCCAAGGCCCAGCUCCCCUGUGGUGAGCAGGGUUGCCCCCCUGUUGCCUGCUAGCCCGUGGCUAGAGAUGGGUGGCUCCCCUGGGAUCCCCACGCAAAAAGGCCUGACCGAAACACUGCUAGAAGACUUUGAGGAGAGGAGAAUCAAACUGAAGCUGGAAGAGAAUGCUUAUGCAGGAAUUCAGCCUACUGACGAUGUGAACAAUGAAGUCUUGGAGGCGACCCGCGUCACCAGGCACAAAAACAAGCGGGCACUGCGCUGGGAGGCUGGCGACUACACCAAGGAGGACAGCCAAUGAGUCCACCAGCCUUCUCCACUGGAGGGACAGGAAAAUGGUCUAAUUCAUACACUUCGCAAGAGAACAUCCUUGGUCCUCCCUACUGCCUCUGAUCUGGCGGACUCACCAAACACAUGCUUCGUUUGUAAAUUGUCUGAGUGUUGGAGCGUGCCCUAACUAUCCGUAAAUUAAAAAAUAAAGAAAAUGGUGCCGUCUGGUUUGCUUAAUAUAAGGAAUUUGAAAUGAUUUAUAGCUUUACUUUUGAUACUGAAGUAUAUUUAAAUCCAAAUACUUUUACUCAAAUAGGAUUUUACUAGAUGACUUACUUGUCAUUUUCUAUUAAGGUAUCCUGACCUUUUGACAAUUGGGUACUUUUUCCACCACUGGUUAUAUGAAUGUAGUCUAGCAGUUAAGAGCCUUGGGCCAGUAACCGAAUGGUCGCUGAUUUGAAUCUUCAAGCAGACAAGGUGAAAGAAUCUGGCGACGUGCCCUUGGCAACCCGAGUUGAUCUGGAUAAGAGGGUCUGUUAAAUUACUAAAUUGUAAUGUAAGUUCAAUGACAAGUUUAAUCACACUCUAAACCGGACUGUUUGCAACAUGACACUAUCUGGUUUUGAUGGAAAGACUACGGUAUGACUUACUGCUGAGAAUAGCCCAGGGAAUGUAGAUGCGAUAAGAGAUUCAACUCUGCUACAUUUGGUGGUAGCGGUGGGAUACACUGCUUAAAUGAGCAGCGACGUCAAAUCUUAUGCAUUGGAGAUGAAUAAGAGAAUGUCAAACUGAUUCAAAUGGAGCAAGACAUUGCCAUCUCCUGGGCAGACACUUGAACUGAAUGUAGGGGAUUUGAGUGGUUAACUGUAACGUUGAAACUAAAAAGGUAUGACCAUAAGUAUGUGGACACCCCUUCAAAUUAGUGGCUAUUUCAGCCACACCCAUUGCUGACCGGUGUAUAUGAUUGAGUACACAGCCAUGAAAUAUCCAUAGACAGAAUGGCCCGUACUGAUGAGCUUAGUGACUUUCAACAUGGCAUCGUCAUUGUCACCUCUCCGACAAGUCAGUUCUGACCUGCUAGAGCUGCCCCGGUCAACUGUAAGUGCUGUUAUUGUGAAGUGGAAACGUUUCGGAGCAACAACGGCUCAGCUGUGAAGUGGUAAGCCACACAAGCUUACAGAACGGGAUCGCCGAGUGCAUAGAGUAAAAAUCUUCUGUCCUCGGUUGCAGCACUCAUUACCGAGUUACAAACUGCCGCUGGAAGCAAUGUCCGCACAAUAACUGUCAGUCGGGAGCACUCUAACGGACGAAUCCAGGUUUGGUGGAUGCCAGAAUGCAUAGUGCCAAAUGUAGAGUUUGGUGGAGGAGGAAUAAUGGUCUGGUGCUGUUUUUCAUUGUUCGGGCUAGGCCCCUUAGUUCCAGUGAAGGGAAAUCUUAAUGUUACGUCAUACAUUCUAGACAUUUCUUUGCUUCCAUCUAUGUGGCAACAGUUGGGAAGGCCCUUUCCUGUUUCAGCAUGACAAUUUUUAUUUAUUUAUUUAACUAGUCAAGUUGUGAUACAACCUGGAUUCGAACCAGGGUGUCUGUAGUGACGUCUCUAGCACUGAGAUGCAGUGCCUUAGACAGCUGCGCUUCUCGGGAGCCCAAUGUCACCGUACACAGCGAAGUCUAUACAGAAAUGGUUUUUCGAGAUCGGUGUGGAAGAACUUGUCUGGCUUGCACAGAGCUCUGAACUCAAACCCAAUUGAACACCUUUGGGAUGAAUUGGAACACCUACUGCGAGCCAGGCCUAAUCACCCAACAUCAGUGCCCGACCUCACUAAUGCUCUUGUGGCUGAAAGGAGGCAAGUCCCCCAGCAAUUUUCCAACAUCUAGUGGAAAGCCUUCCCAGAAGAGUGGAGGCUUUUAUAGCAGCAAAGGGGGGACCAACUCUAUAUUAAUGCCCAUGAUUUUGGAAUGAGAUGUCCGAUGAGCAGGUGUCCACAUACUUUGGUCAUGUAGUGUAUUUAAAGGGCAACUGCAACUGCUGAUUUGGCAACGUUUUUUUUGGCUUGCUCCACAAAUGCUGGUGGCCAUGAGAGAAGCCAAAUGUGAUUUGGCUUGGGGGUGUGGUUUGGUGUGAGUUUUCCUUGGGUGUGUCAAUGCUGACGUUGUCAAUCGAGCAGUGAAUUGAGAGCUUCAACAUUGUGCGGCCCUUGCUCUUUUCUAGUAUUCCCAGCACCUAUGUUUUUAAGGAUGUGCGUAUGACCACAAAUGCUUCUGGUGUCCGGUAUACAACACAAGUUUCCUGAUCCUGGCGCCGAAUACACUGGGUUUCUUCAACCCCAUAUUGACUGAUACCGUUCAAUUCAAUAAUAAAAGACAAUUCAAGUAAAAGUGAACUAGUGAAAAUGUUAUUCAGAGUGCCAGGUCUCCAUUUAGAGACCUCAGUAUGAAGCCCAUCUGCAGUGGUGGAAAGUACUUAGGUAAAAAUACUUUAAAGUCGUUUUUUUGGGUAUCUGUACUUUACUAUAUAUAUUUGACUACUUUUUCUCCACUACAUUCCUAAACAAAAUAUUUACCUUUUACACCCAUACAUUUUCUGACACCCAAAAGUACUCUUUAACAUUUUGAAUGCUCAGGCAGGACAGUAAUAUGGUCUGCUUCACACACCUAUCAAUAUAACGCGUUGUCAUCCCUGCUGCCUCUGAUCUGGCAGACUCACUAUACACAAAUGCUGUGUUUGUAAAUUAUGUUGGAGUGUUGAAGUGUGCCGAUCAGUCCAUAAUUUUAAAAAACAAGAAAAGCAUGCCUUAUGGUUUGCUUAUUAUAAGGAAUUUAAUGUAUAGCAUUUACUUUGUACUUUUAUCCAAGAUUGACAAUUUAGUACUUUUUCCACCACUCUACUUAAGUACAUUUAAAAAUUAUAACAUUUUAUAGCCAGCUACCUGUAUGAGCUGCUAACUAGCUAGCUAACUUUACUGUAUAGCUAAGUAAAUCAAAUAUCAUCAUUGUAACUUAAAAACACAAGCUCCAAAUGUAUAUGUAGAUAACAGCCAUGGAAGGGGGUGAAAGGACUGAAACUCCAGCUGUCAGUUCCAGACCCUAGUAAGGAAAACUAUUAGGACAGAGAGACAAUAGCAACAUAAUAUUCAGUGCUGUCUAAUUCUGUGAUGUUUUAU